AUUGAAGAAUGUUUCCAUGUUGAUAUAUAAGACUGAGACCGUCUUUCUGUUUUUAGAAAAUGAGUUAGAACUAUUGUCUGAAUGUGUUGGGUGCAUAACACGCGGAAGGAUCUGAGUGAUGUCAUUCUUUUGAAAUGAGGAUCACAUAGCCCCACUGACCUGAACUGCAUCUGCAAGAUAAAAAGACAUGCUCCGAACAUGAAUUGAAUGAUGCACGUGUGACUACAAAUAAGAUUAAUCAAUGGCUGACGUUGUCCUAUCAACUUUACUUAUUUUACACAUGUUAUGAGAAUCACGUGAUUUAGAAGUCUGCUAGAGACAAUGACAUAUUAAUAUAAGCUUAGUAGGCCUAUAUUACACAAUCCUUCUGUAUUUAUCCUUCAUCAUACAUGUCAGUUUGUGGCGCCAUGGGGUUGCGACUUCACUUGUCAUUGUUACACAUACAGCAUUGAGCUCUAUGUGAUAACGUGGGCAUCAGCCUCUAUUAAUGUACUGAUUUAUAAUCUGUCUUUUAUUUAAAUUGCCAGCCUCUGAGCCUCAGGUUAUAGCCCUCGCGCUGUUUCCCUCUGUUGGUCAAGUCAGCCACAAACAGAUGUACACCGGAAAUUAGCAGGUCAGUCCUUCAACAUAAAAGCGCAAUCCUCCUCAGUACUGCCUGCAAUCCAUUCUCAUCACCAAAGGGCUUUUAUUCUUGAACUAUUGAGCAGCUCGCGCAGCUCUGCUGUCUGUAGACUUGACACCAUCCGAUAUACCGACCAGAGGCGUGAAGCCCAAGAGGCACUUCGAGACGCAGAGGCCACCGACAUCAGAUUUCCUCUGGGAUCAAAAUAUAUUAAUCCUUGUUUUUUUUUUUUACGUCCUGGACUGGCACAAAUAUAGAAUUGUUAAGAUAGAAAUACUUUUUUUGUCUAUGUAGAAUGGGCUGCGCAUUAUCAGGUCUGGCAGCUAAAGCUGAGUUUGGUGAGAGGACUACAGAGGGAGAGGAGGAUGCUGUUGCUGCUGCGCGUCCCACCGAGGAUCAGAUUCAGAUGAUCAAGGAUUCAUGGAAAGUUAUCCGGGACGAUAUUGCUAAAGUUGGCAUUAUUAUGUUCGUCAGGUUGUUUGAGACCCAUCCUGAAUGCAAGGAUGUCUUCUUCCUGUUCCGAGACGUGGAGGACCUGGAGAGGUUGCGGACCAGCCGGGAGCUCAGGGCCCACGGCCUACGGGUUAUGUCUUUUAUCGAGAAAAGCGUGGCUAGACUGGACCAGCUGGAGAGGCUGGAAGCUCUGGCUGUGGAACUGGGAAAAAGCCAUUAUCAUUACAACGCCCCACCUCAGUACUACAGUUACGUCGGAGCAGAAUUCAUCUGUGCCGUGCAGCCCAUCCUGAAGGAGAGGUGGACAGCUGAGCUCGAGGAGGCAUGGAAGACCCUGUUUCGGUUUGUGAGCAGCCUGAUGAAGCAGGGAUACCAGGAGAGCGACAGACAGCGCCACCUCCCACUCUCCCCAAAGGAACGGCCGGACAAGAGGAACACGGCGCUUUGAGGCGCCUCUUCUUUCAGUCACAAGUCGGACCGUUUUUACCCGUACAGCACAGACAUGUGUUCAUGUAUAUAGUGUUUUACAGUCUCCUUUUUUACAACACUCAUGUGUAACUCAGUCAUUGUCAGCCACUUAAUCAAAAUGGACAAAAAUAAACUUGCUGUGACUUUCAGCAGAGCACUUUAUUUCUCAAUUUAACUUUCUGCUGCAGUCCUCUUCCAUGAGACCAGGAGCUGGGAGCAUAAUACACAUGGCUGACAUACAUACACACACAUAUAUAUACACAUAUAUGUAUAUACACACACACCAGCUGUAGUGAACCUGCCUUGCCAUCAGGAUUAACAGAAAUUACAUACAACAUAUUGUCUCUGUAAUCAUAA